AUGAAGACUGAGGACCUGAUUGGUGGAGAAGAGGGGCGAGAGGCUGGAAGAGGAACAGACGAGGGGUCGGGGACAGUCGGCGGUGGCAAGUCAGAGACAGGCGGAGGGGAUGGAGAGGGCAUUGAGGGCGGGAGAGCCAGAGGGGGUGGGGUGUCCAUGAGAGACGAAGGGGGAGUGAUAAUCACACUCCAUCCCCCUUCGCGCACGCACUCCAACACGCCAAUCAAAAUUGGCGUGCGGACCCACACGCCAACCCUCUGCGCGGGCAUUCCCCCAGCAGAUAAGAAGAGGGCUUGGUGUGGCAGAUACAGUUGCGAACGUCAUUAA